GUGUUUUGUUUGUUAUUGAUUAUUUUCCUGUUGCUUUCCUCGUCAGCAUGUCGCGUACAAUAUCGGCGUCGGAGCUUUCGGCGCACAACACCGUCUCCUCCCUCUGGAUUGCAAUUGAAGGGAUUGUCUACGACUUCACUGAGUUUGCCCCCACCCAUCCCGGCGGUUUAGCUAUCCUCCUCGAAAACGCCGGCAGGGACGGUACCCCGGCCUACAAUGCCGUGCACUCGCCCUCCCUGCUCAAGUCCAUCUUGCCCCUAUCCAAACAUGUCGGCCGUCUGUCGUCACCCCUGCCUUCGGCCUCUCCGUCCUCGUCAACGAAGACCCCCUCAAAGCCGAGCCUGUCUACGCUGAUCUCGGUCAACGAUUUCCGCUUGGCCGCCCACACCUUCCUCCCACCCAAGACGCUGGCAUUCAUCUCGUCGGCCGCCACCGACUGCCACACGCACCGCCGCAACAACACGACCUACGCUGACAUCACUCUGCGACCGCGCGUGCUCGUCGACGUCUCUGCCCCAGUCUCGCUGGCAACUACCAUCCUCGGCCAGCCAGUGGCCUCCCCGAUCUUUGUCUCGCCCACCUCGCUGGGCAAGACGGUGCAUCCAGAAGGCGAGCUCGAGAUAGUCCGCGCCUGCAAAGAGCUCGGCGGCAUCGCCCAGAUUGUCAGCACCAGCGCGAGCUUCUCUGUCGCAGACGUCGUCCAGGCAGCGCUAGACCAUCCUUUUCCCGCCGGAGACGACACCACCGUGCCGGUCUUCCUCCAGCUCUAUGUCGACAAGCACGCCCCUAACACCGAAGCCCUGCUCAAGUCCCUGACCACUCCCAACGCCAACAGCGACACCCCCAGGAUCAAAGGCGUCUUCCUCACCGUCGACGCCCCCGUACCAGGGAAGCGCGAAGCCGACGAGCGCGUGCCCCCUCCUCCUCCUCCACCUCCACCACCUCCUCCUCCUCCUCCUCCCUCCACCACCUCAACCCCAAACCCGACAACAACAACAACAGAAGCAAUGAUUGUGACAACACCCAUGGCAACCCAAUUAACUCCCACCACCGACACGCGCGGCUCGGCCCUCGGCAGGCUCAUGGCAAGUUACAUCUCCCCCUCCCUAACCUGGCACGUCACCCUCCCCUGGCUGCGCUCGCUGCUGCCGCCGUCGGUGCCCAUCGUCGUCAAGGGGAUCCAGACGGCCGCCGACGCGGUGCGCGCCAUGCGGGCCGGGGCCGACGGGAUCCUCGUCUCGAACCACGGCGGGCGCAGCCUCGACACGGCGCCGGCGACCAUUCUGGUUUUGUUGGAACUGCAGCGGUCUUGUCCCGAGGUGUUUGCGAAGCUGGAGGUGUUUAUCGAGGGCGGGGUCAUGAGGGGGACGGAUGUGUUUAAGGCGUUGUGUUUGGGGGCGAGCGGGGUUGGGGUCGGGAGGGGGGUUUUGUAUGGUUUGGGGUAUGGCAGGGAGGGGGUAAAGCGGGUGUUGGAGAUACUGAACGACGAGCUGGUGACGACCAUGAAGAUGUGUGGUGUUACCCGCCUGGAUGAGCUGCACCCGGGCUUGUUGAAUACGCGCGCCAUUGACCAUCUCGUACCCGACAGUAUCAGCGAGGAGCACCCGUACGCCAAGUGGAGGAGAAGCAAGCUCUGA